AAAAUAAAAUAAAAUAAUGGUUGAACUAAAAACAAAGAUGCUGGCUUGUUCCACCUUCAACCUCCGCGCCGCAGCAACCUCGGCCAAUCCCAAUAUUUCCGAGCCAGAACCCGAGCCAAAGGUUCGGAAGUUGAAGGCUAGCCCACAGCUCAACAGAUGGUACCGGGCACGAGCCUUAAGGUCGGGGCACAAGCUGGAACGAUCGAGCCAACCGGCUGGGGCGCUGGAGGUGAACCGCUCAGUUCAACGAACCAGGGAGAGCCCAUCUUCGGAAUCCACUUCGACGGUAAGUGAUGGCGAUCGUGACGUGGAGUUUACACCGGGGAAGCCAAUUUAUAUGGUGUCUGAUGGAACUGGAUGGACGGUGGAGCAUUCCGUUAACGCAGCUUUGGGGCAGUUUGAGCAUUGCUUGGUGGACCGUGUGUGCCCCGUAAAUACCCAUCUGUUCUCCGGGAUUGAUGAUGUUGAGACAUUGAUGGAGAUUAUAAAGCAGGCAGCCAAGGAAGGUGCAAUGCUUGUCUAUACUUUAGCUGAUCCUUCCAUGGCAGAGUCUGCUAACCAAGCUUGCAAAUUGUGGGGUAUACCGUCUACGGAUGUAUUGGGUCCAAUUACAGAGUCAAUUGCCGCUCAUUUGGGUGUCUCGCCUUCUGGUCUUCCCCGGGGAGCUCCUGGGAGAAACUUCCCUCUUUCGGAUGAAUACUUUCGACGGAUUGAAGCUGUUGAAUUUACAAUCAAGCAGGAUGACGGGGCUCUACCUCAAAACUUGUGCAGGGCUGACAUUGUUCUCACAGGUGUUUCUCGUACUGGGAAGACACCAUUAUCAAUAUAUCUAGCACAGAAAGGAUAUAAAGUGGCAAAUGUGCCUAUUGUGAAAGGAGUGGCAUUGCCAAAGGGUCUUUUUGAGGUAGACCCUGAGAAGGUUUUUGGUUUGACUAUUAACCCCUUGGUCUUGCAAACGAUUAGAAAAGCAAGAGCUAAGAGUCUGGGCUUCAGUGAGGAAGCAAGGAGUAACUAUUCAGAGAUGGAUUAUGUGAAACAGGAGUUGGAGUUUGCUCGCAGGGUUUUUGCUCAAAAUCCUGUCUGGCCAGUUAUUGAAGUGACAGGUAAAGCAAUUGAAGAAACUGCUGCUGUUAUAUUGAGGCUCUACCAUGACCGGAAGCAUAAGUGUUCGAUGCCACGGAUAUCAAAACGUUACUAAUGAAGUAAUGAGAUGGCAAGUUCUUGUUUUCAGGUAUGCAGGCAUGAGAGAAUGCUGCCUCAUAAUUACAGACAAUUGCCUACUUUUUAACUCAGAUUGUGAAUUCCGGGGAGCAAGGAGAAAUAGAGCGAACCUGUACAUGGUUCCACUUUCCUUCUUGAGUACCAGUAUUUUUAUUAACGUUACUAACUAUUAGUGUAGUAUUGUAUAUUGAUGCAAUACAGCCAUAGAGUUUUGCUUAUGCAGUUUUUCUGUAGACAAAAGUCUUCUUUUGUGUCAAUUGAACGUAUAAAGAUUCUCAAUAAAGUGGCAGCUAUCUAUUUGAUACAA